CGACGGCAGAAAAACCGUGUUCUAUUGCUGCAUCUACAACCUCUAAAAACCAUUUGUUGCUAUUGCGUUCGUGUUAUAUAUCCAUCGAACGAGACGGAGAACGCAUGCUUAGGUCCGGGAGGCGCUUUUUAAAAUUCAUCAAACAGCACAGCGAUUGCACCCUCCAAAAAUUAAGUGAUCCUAAAGUAACUAGAGGCAAACAUGACGCCACAGACAUCAUAAACUUAGAUGCUUUGUGGACUGGCGCUGCUGUAGUGGCCGGCCGCCAUGUUGAAUGAUCUUCAUUCGCACCCAGUCGUGAUUCUGUCAGUCAAUGAUACGUGGCCCCAGCUGCACGGACCCCGGAAACGUGUCCAUCACCUUCUCACCCCGGCCAGUGAGCUCUGGUCGAGUGAGGAGUCCACCUAAGCGCUAAGAACCUGAAACAGGCCUGCGGGUUAUGUCAUGACUCCACUGUGCCACUCUGUCGCAUGGCUUUCUGGACUGGGUGGGAUGCAGAGUGUACCACCAUCCAGUGUUCACUGUGGGCUAACCCUGAGGUAAAAGGUCAGGUCAGAGCAGGAUCUAGGUUGAAGAUGGUUGAAGUUUGUGGGUUUAGAUUGUGAAAAGUUUGGAACGAACCACACCACACAGCAGGCCUUUGUUUUCCAGGAAAGUGGUCAAACAGGAUCUGUCUCAAACGCAGGAAAGAAAACAUCAACUAUAAGAGCGUACAACACAAAAACGUAUAACAGUCAGGGUCCAACAUACAAUAGACUGGUUGGGCUGCCAUCUUGGAAGAAAAAUGAUUAUGAUGCAUGGGUGGGAGGUUUUUUUUAAGGUGGAGGUAUUCUAGUGGACCCCCAUGAUGUAGUAGUAUUUAUAUUGAGUAUUUUAUUAGUAUAUGUUACAGUAUUUAAUUGGAUCUGUAGAACAUUUAUCUUUGUUCUUCUGCCUAGCUGGGUCAGUGAGCCUCUAGUCCAGCAGGUGGCGCUAGCGCACCUUUACGCUGGUCACGGACCACCGGAAGCAGCAGAAACCGGAAGCUGCUAGCAGAGCUAGCUUGUUGUUGUUGUGGUGUGUGAGGAGAAGAUUUGAGGCUCUGCAGUAAAAAUGUCUUCACUUCAGUCUCUGGGAGAGUUGAUCAGCUAAAGCGACUAACUGCUGCAGAAAUCUUCUCACCAGGCUGUGGAAACUUUCUUCUCCUCCUCAACAACUUGGUGGAGUUCUUUCCAGAAGCAGAGAAGCUAUUCUGCGGUCUUCGUGACAAUCGGAGCUCCAGAAGCAGGUGAUGGAUUGAAGAGGUUCCCUCUAUCAGACUCGCUCAUCUGAGUUGGUCAUGAUGCAGGAUCGCUGCUCGCUCUCUCAUCCAUCCUGCUCACACUCUCCGACGGAAAAGGCCCGAAUCUGAAUGUGACUCUGGAGGAAAAAGCGGUUAGCUCUACUCCGUGAACUCUGCUGUUAGCUAAACACGGCUAAAGGAAACCUGCUACCACUUCAGGAUCAUCCACCAGCUGGGACUGCUUCAUCAGCAUGGACACAGAUGUUCAACAGCUGGUGCUGGUUAAAGAAGAAGCUCCUGGUGAGGACCAGCAGGACCCAGAACACCUCCACAUGAAGGAGGAACAGGAGGAGCUCUGGACCGGUCUGGAGGGAGAGCAGCUCCAUCUGAAGGAGGAGCCUGAAGCUGUCGGGUUUCCUGUUACUGCUGCUUCUAUAAAGAGUGAGGAUGAUGAAGAGAAACCUCUGAUCUCACAGCUUCAUCAGCAGCAGAUAGAAGACCGAGAUGUUCCAACCAGCAGCUCAGCUGGUGGAGGAGCAGGAACUAGCAGGAACCCAGGUCUGAACCCUCAUGAACAAACAUCUGACUCCUCAGAGACUGAAGUUAGUGGAGAUGAUGAUGAUGAUGAUGAUGAUGAUGAAGAUGAUGACUGGAAUGAGAGCAGGUCUUCUGAGUCAGAUGUUUCAAGGAAGAGAGAAGAGACGGAUGAGAAACCUCUGCUCUUACAUUUCCACAACCAUCCAAUGAAAGACGGAGGUGUCCCAACCAGUAGCUUGGCUGGGCAAAUGACAGCAAAAGUUGGUGGAGGAGCAGAAACUAGCAAAAACCUAGAUCUGGACCCUAAUGAAAAGACAUUUGAUUCUUCAGAGAUUGAAGUUAGUGGAGAAGAUGAAGAUGAUUUGAAUCUAGACUCUGAGCAUUCAGACUCUGGGCCUGAAACUGGAAGCGGAGACCAUGGCUGUAAUGAGAACAAGUCUUCGGAGUCAGAUAUUAAGACAGUCAGCAAAUCUUUUAGCUGCCCUGUGUGUGGUAUAUGGUUCCUCCACAAGUGGUCUCUUCAGGAACAUGUGAGAGUGACAAGUCAUUCAGCAGUAAAGUCUUCAGAGUGUUCGGUUAAUACAAAAUGUGUGAAAGAGAAGCAACAUGGAGGCUCAUGCAGAGAAGUCCAGAAACAACCGAAAUCAUUUAGUUGUGAUGAUUGUGGGAAAAGAUUUAGCCAAAUGUCUAGUUUAACUCGUCAUAUGAAAGGCCACACCGGGGAGAAGCCUUUUGUCUGUGAGCUUUGUGGACACAGAUGUACCCAAAAGGCAAGUUUAAAAAGACACAUGAAAGUCCACACAGGAGAGAAGCCUUUUGCCUGUGAGCUCUGUGGACAAAGAUUUAGCCAUAAAAAUAAUUUAAACACACACAUGAGAGUCCACACAGGAGAGAAGCCUUUUGCCUGUGAGCUCUGUGGAUACAGAUGUACCCAAAAGGUAAGUUUAAACACACACAUGAAAGUCCACACAGGAGAGAAGCCUUUUGCCUGUGAGCUCUGUGGAUACAGAUGUACCCAAAAGGCAAGUUUAAACACACACAUGAAAGUCCACACAGGAGAGAAGCCUUUUGCCUGUGAGCUCUGUGGACAAAGAUUUAGCCAGAAAAAUAAUUUAAAUGACCACAUGAGAGUCCACACAGGAGAGAAGCCUUUUGCCUGUGAAAUCUGUGGACAAAGAUUUAUCCAGAAAAAUAAUUUAAACACACACAUGAAAGUCCACACAGGAGAGAAGCCUUUUGCCUGUGAGCUCUGUGGAUACAGAUGUAACAAAAUGUCACAUUUAAACGAUCACAUGAAAGUCCACACAGGAGAGAAGCCUUUUGCUUGUGAGCUCUGUGGAUACAGAUGCACCAAAACGUCACAAUUAAACACACACAUGAGAGUCCACACAGGAGAGAAGCCUUUUGCCUGUGAGCUCUGUGGAUACAGAUGUACCCAAAAGGCAAGUUUAAAUGAUCACAUGAGAGUCCACACAGGAGCGAAGCCUUUUGCCUGUGAGCUCUGUGGAUACAGAUGCACCCAAAAGGCAAGUUUAAACACACACAUGAAAGUCCACACAGGAGCGAAGCCUUUUGCCUGUGAGCUCUGUGGACAAAGAUUUAGCCGUAAAAAUAAUUUAAACUGUCACAUGAAAGUCCACACAGGGGAGAAGGCUUUUGCCUGUGAGCUCUGUGGACAAAGAUUUAGCCGUAAAAAUAGUUUAAACUGUCACAUGAGAGUCCACACAGGAGAGAAGCCUUUGCCUGUGAGCUGUGUGGACAAAGAUUUAGCCGAAAGACAAAUUUAAAGAGGCAUACGAGCAUCCACACAAGGCUUGAGGGAUUUAUUGAACAACAGUACUUCCAAAUGUACUAUUUAGUUUUUUUACAACCUUAAAGGGACUUUACGGAGUUUUGAAUUUUUAUGCUCGCGAUUGCCCCCUCAGGCUCGUGCACGAGGCGCGCAUGCUGUACGUGCACACUCCUUAACAAAAAUAACAGCUGAGACAGUCCCGUGUGUGUGUGUGGCCCGGAGGACAGAGGACAGGAGAACGCGCAGCUAGUUAAUUAAAUAAUUUGGUUCUGUACCUUUCUCUUCAGCGCAGCCAACAAAGAUUUAAGAUGGGUCAGUCCUCCUGCAUGCUCUUGAAAAAUUGUUCCAAAGUGAAUGUUGAACCCACAUCUUUUUUAUCUGUGAAUGCAAUGCUGUUCGGCGAGUCUCAAAUAAAAAUUUGGGCGUCCUACUGUAAAAAAAUAUGCCAUUAGUGUAAAAACGAAACUAAAUAAACUAUGUUCACAUCCAGAAUCGAACCCGAAUCUUCAGCACGGGAGUCCGACGUUUUACUAGGUGAGCUAAGCGCCAGUGAUGUUUAUUGUAUCUGUAACAUUUAUAUCCUUGAUAAUAGCUGAAACAAUGUUCAAAGAACGGUUCAGAGCGAAAAUGGCUAUUUUGUUGCUAAUUUGCAGGAAAUAUUUAGAAGAAAGUUAGAAAGCCUUAGCGACGGAGAAAUUCAUCAAGAAACUGUCUGAGACCACCUAGCCGUUAAGAGGGUAAUGUAAUUUUCAAUCUUUGGGUUCGCCGUUGUUUGACUGUUGGCUGUGUGUGUGAACUUAUAUAUGAACAUUAAGCUUCCUACCAGAUUGAAAAGGACAUGUACAGAACUUUGCCGAUCGGUUUAUUGUUAAAGGACCCCUGCGCGGGAGCAGGAGAGCUAUACAAAAAGGAAGAAUUACAAUAUGCCGAUUAGCUUAGCUUAUCAGAGGGGAUGUUGUUGUCUUUUGCAACAACUAUUAUCAUUUCCUUGUUUUAUUUUAUUUUCUCUUCCAUUUUUAUGUGCUGCGUCUGUGUACAUGUGGUUUUUGUGGAGCGUUCUGCUUAUUUGCUAUUUGUACCUUUGUAUGAGGGCUGUUUAUUUCAUGAACGGUCAUGCUGAGUUCUAAUGAUUCAUCCGCACACAGCGGCACAUUAAGAUUUGUUAGUUGGAAUGUUAAAGGGUUAAAUUCUCCUGUGAAACGGAGAUAGGUUGUCAAUCACUUAAAUUUUUUAAAUACCAGAAUUGCAUUUAUACAAGAAACUCACUUAAAACGGACAGAUCACCUAAAACUGCGUUGUGGGUGGGUGGGGCAAACUUUCCACUCUUCAUUUAAUGGAAAGGCUUGAGGAGUAGCCAUCUUAAUCCACAAAAAUAUCCCUCAAGCAGUCACGGAGGUGGUGUCAGACCCCAAUGGGCGUUAUGUUAUUGUUGUGGGUAUAAUAGAAGGAAAUAAAGUAGUUCUAGCUAAUGUGUAUGGACCGUAUUAGGAUAAUGUGGACUUUUUAAAGAAACUUUUCUUCUCACUUCCCAACUUGAACAGUGGCCAGCUUAUCAUGGGCGGUGAUUUUAACUGCUGUCUUAACCCAGCAUUGGAUCGCAGCUCAGUUAAACCAAGUCCUAUAUCUAAAUCAGCAAAAGCAAUACAAACAUUUAUGCAGCAAUAUGGAGUUCUGGAUGUCUUAACGUCAUCUGAAUUCUGCCACAAAUAAUUUUCUUUAUUUUCUCAUGUACAUGGAACCUUUUCACGAAUUGACCUCUUUCUGGUAGAUAAAAAACUUCUCUCCUCAGUUAACCAUUGUGAUUAUGCCACUAUAGUGAUAUCGGAUCACGCUCCAGUUAUUUUGGACAUGUCAUUUCCGGAUACUCCAAUAAUGCGCUUCCCCUGGCAUUUCAAUCCUUCGCUACUUAAUAAUUCAGACUUUGUUGAAUAUAUAAAUCAGAGUAUUGAUUUUUAUAUCUCUACCAAUGUAACUCCAGAUGUGAUGGCAGCAACGAUAUGGGAAGCUUGUAAAGCCUUCCUACGGGGGAAGAUAAUUGCGUACACAGCUUAUAAAAAUAAGAUACCGUAAUUUCCGGACCAUAGAGCGCACCUCAAUAUAAGCCGCACCAGCAAAAAAUAAAAAGGUUUUCCACACGCCACACUCAAAUACAAGCCGCGGGGCAGCAGCCACAUGCAGGUCUCUGGCGCACAGCGCAUGUAUGGCCGUAACAUAAGAUAAUUAGACAGAAAGACGCUACGCGGAAGUUUUUCGUUGUUUUAAUUCAUUAAAAAUAAUUUUAAACACGGGUGAACGUGCCUGCAAGUUUAGAAAAGAAAACAGCACUGAUAGCAUUCAUAUUUCUGGAUGGUUAUAAAAUAAAAACAGCACUGACACGUUAUUACCGGUAAUUUGCAUCAUGUUUAGAAGAAAAGAGCAGCGCUGACACAGCAUUAAUAAGCCCUGGAUGAUUAGAAAAUAAAAACAGCACACAGAACAUGCCUGGUUAGUAAAUAAAACACACUUGCCUACCAGAAAAGUCACUCGCUCUCAUCUUCCUCUUGCGCACUAAAGCCAUUUAAGUCCUCUUCUUCAGUGUCGGAGUUGAACAGCCUCAGAAGAGCUUCGUCACAUACUUUUUCUGUGGCGAUGUCAGAUGUUCGUGUUGCUGUCAUCAUACCAGGGUGAAGCUGGCUUGAAUGAGUUCUUCCCGCUGCCGUCUCCAGCGCCGAACCAUGGAUUCAUUCAUGCCAAGCUUACGUGUGGCAGCACUGUUUCCCUCCUUUAUUGCCAGAUUGAUGGCCUUCAACUUAAAUGCGGCAUCAUAUGAACUCAUACGUGUUUCCAUGAUGAGGGGGUGUGGAUUUGAAAAAAAUCCUUCAUCGUGCCGGCUGCUUGCAUGUGCUAAAUUAAAAUGAGCACUUUCUUUGAUUUCCACUUUUGACUUCCACCUGUUUCACUUUCUGCUAAAGCGCCCCCUGGCAGGUGAAGGAAAACCUUCAGUAAAGCCGCCCCUCAUUAUAAGCCGCAUGGUUCAAAGCGUGGGAAAAAAGUAGCGGCUUAUAGUCCGGAAAAUAUGGUAGUCUCCUGGAGGAGGCAGGCUCUUUACGACACUAUAUCAGAGCUGCAAAUUAAGUGUGAAGAGUCCCCUUCGGCUGAUCUGGUGAAAGAGCUUCUAAUAAAGAACUCUGGAUUCGAUUAUAUGGCCACUGAUGAGGCUGUCCAGUUAAUCACCAGGACCAAGCAUAGUUAUUACGAGUUUGGGGAUAAGCCAGCUAAAGUCCUUGCCCACUGUAUCCGCCAGUCCUCUACUGGGCAGUGUAUCUCCAAGGUCUCUGGAAUUGAUGGGUUUUCCGCUGACUCCCAGAGAAUUAAUGAUCGAUUUAGAGACUUUUAUUCGUCUCUUUAUACGUCUGAUAAUUUGCCUGGUGACGCACAUUUUGAUGACUUUUUCAAUGGACUGAUGAUCCCGACAGUUGCCCCAGAUAUUGCGGUGCACCUAGAUAAACCAUUUAUUGCUGGUGAAAUUAAAACUGCAAUUAUGUCCAUGCAAAGUGGAAGGUGUCCAGGGUCCAAUGGUUUUCCAUCGGAAUUUUAUAAGGCUUUUAUUGACAAAUUAUCCCCCCUCAUGCUUGCCAUUUUUAAAGAGGCAUCUGAAUCUGGAAUCCUACCGCUUACCCUACGACAAGCUACAAUUUCCUUAAUUCCAAAAAAAGGUAAGGACCCUCGAUUCUGUAGAAACUACCGCCCUAUUUCUUUACUGUGUGCAGAUGUUAAAUUCUGGGCCAAAAUGUUGGUGAGACGCUUGGAAUUGGUGAUACCUUCAAUUAUUAAUCCAGAACAAACAGGUUUCGUCAGGACCAGACAUCCAUACCAUAAAGUGAGGCGCUUACUUAAUAUUCUGUAUUCCCUUUCAUCAUCUGACACUCCGGAACUGGUCAUAUCUAUGGAUGCUGAAAAGGCUUUCGACCGGGUGGUGUGGCCCUAUUUAUAUUAUACCCUAAAACGUUUUGGUUUUGGUCCCUCCCUUAUCUCUUGGACUAAACUAUUGUAUACCUCACCAUUGGCACAAGUUCGUUCCAAUAAUUAUUACUCAAAGCCUUUCUCCCUAGGUCACGGGACUCGCCAGGGGUGCCCGCUCUCCAUCUUUGUAAUGGCAAUAGAACCAUUGGCGGCAGCCCUUAGGGCGAGUGCCAUGCAAGGCAUUCAACGGGGCGGCUGUGACAACAGAGUGUCGUUGUAUGCGGAUGAUCUAUUGAUUUUUAUGUCGGACCCAGAUAAGUCCAUGUCUAAUUCUAUCUUUGCUGAGGGACUUUAGACAGAUGUCCGGAUAUAAGCUUAACUUUGAUAAAAGUGAAAUCCUUCCGGUUAACUCAGCUGCGACGGCAUACCCACUUUCUAGUCUCCCCUUUAAGGCUGUCUCGCAACAUUUUAAAUUUCUGGGUAUCCAUGUAACCAAGGACUUCUCAAAACUUUUUUAAACUAACUUUGACCCUCUGUUGGAACAGUUGGCUCAAGACUUGCAGCUCUGGUCUAUGCUGCCUCUUUCUUUAGCAGGAAGGAUUAGCUGUAUUAAAAUGAACUUCUUGCCAAGAUGCCUGUAUCUCUUUCAAUGCAUCCCGGUGUUCAUUCCAAAAAGUUUUUUUCAGACUCUUGACAGUUCUAUUUCGCAGUUCUUAUGGAACAAAAAACCUCCCAGAAUGUGCAAGAGCCUUCUACAGAAAAGUAAGGACCUGGGGGGCCUUGCCCUUCCAAAUUUUCAGUAUUAUUAUUGGGCUGUUAAUUUUCACACAAUGCUAUUUUGGUGUGAAACUAAAUCUACAGAGCCAAUUUGGCUGCGAAUGGAGGAGGCCACAUCUGACUCUGCCUCUUUGCUCUCUCUCCUGUGUCUCCCUUCAAAUGUUAGCCCGCAUUUGUACACUAGUAAUACUAUAGUUAAAACUGUCUUAAGAUUUGGUCUCUAAUGAGGUGUCAUUAAAAUCCAGGGUAUACCUUUGCACUCACCGUUUGACCAGAAUCCGCUUUUUCCUCCUAGGAUUCACUGGUCCAGAAGCAGGUUGGCUCAAAUAUUUCCAGGUACAGACUCCAACUGUGUAAAAUGCAAUCAGGGUCCAACUAAUCUUACCCAUAUAUUUUUAACUUGCACUGCCUUGUCAAAAUUCUGGGACUCUAUUUUUAAUUCACUCUCACUUAUUGUGUCUUGGAGAGUUCCACGAUCCCCACUGACGGCUUUAUUUGGGGUGUUACCUGCUGGGCACUCCUUGCCAUCUCACUUUGUUGAUCUGGUUGCCUUUCUUACGCUAUUGGCAAGGAGAGUUAUCCUGAUGAGUUGGAAAGACCCUCAUCCACCGACCUACUCCCGCUGGAUUAAAGAUGCCCUCUAUUUUAUGAAACUAGAGAAAAUAAGGUUCAUUCUGAGGGGCUCAGAAACUGACUUUGCCAAAAUUUGGAGGCUGUUCCAAGACCAUAUGACAUCUGUGACACUCGAUAUGGACACUUAACCUCGGCCUUGUAGAGCUACCGCCGGCAUAGCCACACGUUGGUUGUCUAUUUGUUACUACAGCGCAUAAGUGGUUUUUUUUUCUUUCUUUCUUUUAUUUUUCCUUCUUUUAUUUUAUUUUAGUGUGUUGGUAUGUGGAUGUGAUGUAACUGUGGAAAAAGUUACAAAUAAAUCAUAUCCAAAAAAGAAAAGUCUGUUUUUGGCCCUUGGGCCGCCUCUUCUUUUGAUUUUCAUUUUCAAAUCUCCUUUGUUUUUUAAAUUCAGACCGUAACCAAACAUUUGAGAUGUUCAUUCAUGAAUUCUGAAUACAACAAAAUAUUACCUAAAGAUUAAGAAAAAACUUUUAUACCCUCCUGUAUUUAAGAAACAGACAACAGGCACAUGAUGGUUGUAGUACAUAACCCACUGCAAUUUAGAGCUGUUAGAUACCGGUGGCAUCUGCUUUAAACAAUUUAUCUGUAUAUAAAAUAAUAGCAUACAAUGUUGUAAUAACUGCAGCUUAAAAAGAAUGUGUCUUUAUUCAUUUGGAGCCAGUAAGAAGAAAUCCACCUUAAAGGCUGUGGAGAGACAGCUGGGACUGUUGUCAAGAAGUCAUAAAUUACAAGGCGGCUCUGUGGAGACUCCAUUCUCCUACAAUAGCAUUUUGCUAUUCUAAGCAGGCUUAGGAAUGUGCCUGUACCAGAGUUUUUAGGGAUGCUGUUGUAGAGUUAUAAGCAGUGGACAGAUGCCGGAAAGACGGAACCACUUUUGGGCUGCAUGGUUCUCCACCGGUGUACCGAUGCUUGUAUUAACAUGUACUAGAUUGUAAUAAACCGGUUAUCUUUUUUAA